AGUACACUAGCAUGAAAUCCGCCGCCGAAGUAAUCUUAUUCUCCUUAUCGCUUUUGUCUCACUCUAUUUUUUUAUUCUCCUUAUUUGCGCCGUUUGGAUCUUAUGGAUACUACUAAACGUAUGUUUGAGGAGCAAAGAAGCCGGGUUAAGAUUUCCGUAGAGGGAUACGAUACUUCAAUUCCUGCGGUUGAUAUUGCGAAUGCCUUGACGAGUCACUUCGGUUCAUGUGGACGAAUCUGUAAUCUUGUCAUUCCCCGAGACCCUGUAACCAAUGCUGUAGACAGCAAAUGUUCUUUUUUUUCAACUUAGCGGAGAAGGCGCAGAAGAGAAGGCCUUGGCACUUGAUGGAACUGACAUGGGGGGAUGGAAUGUAGUUGUUAAGGUUUUACCGCACGAAGACCUUGAGUUUACUACUGAUCAGUUGGCUGCUAUGAGUAUUUCACACUUUAAGAAAACCAGGAGCCAAGGCAUUUCCGUUGAAGGAUAUGACACUUCCCUUCCUUCGGAUGAUGUCAAGAGGGCUUUGAGUAAGCAUUUCGCUUCAUGUGGAGAGAUAACUGAUGUUUUUGUUCUCAAAAGACGGGCUCUUAUUUACUUCUUCGGAUGGGACGCAAGACAUAAGGCAGUGGAACUCAGUGGACGUAACAUGAGAGGUUGGGAACUAGUUGUUAAGGCCUUGCCAAUACCUAAAAGAAAACCCGGUCCACCUAGUGUUCCUUUUGGCUAUACUGUCCCAGCUGAAUGUGUUGAGGCUGCUCAUAAGAUACAUAUGGCUCAAAAGAUGACGGCAGAGUAGAAGAGAAAUAUCUGAAGAAGCCAAGACAGAACCUAGUGUUACUCGUUUUUUUUAUUACUAGUCUUUCUUUUGAACUGUGAUUAUAAUGCAACUUUAUUAUGUUUGUUUCAAUGUGGAUAAUGUAAUUAAGCUCAAUAAUCAGUAUGAUUACAGUUUCA